CAUAUUGUCUUGUCCGUGAAGACGAGAAGUGAUAGCGGGGGCAGCGCGGCCGCGGAGCGGCGGCACCGGCGGCGGGAGGCGGGGGAGCGCUUGAAAUAUAGACUAUAUAAAGACUUAAAAGAUGUGGGAUCAAGGUGGACAACCUUGGCAGCAAUGGCCUUUGAACCAACAGCAGUGGAUGCAGUCAUUUCAGCACCAGCAAGAUCCAAGCCAGAUUGACUGGGCUGCACUAGCUCAAGCAUGGAUUGCUCAGCGAGAAGCCUCAGGGCAACAGAAUGUAGUGGAACAACAAGGAAUGAUGCCAAACGGACAGGAUAUUUCAGGAAUAGAGUCUGGUCCAAACAACCAUAAUAAUUUUCAGGGGGAUCCCAGUUUCAACAGAAUGUGGCAGCCAGAAUGGGGAAUGCCUCACCAACCCCCUCACCCACCUCCAGAUCAGCAGUGGAUGACUCCAACCCCAGGUCAAAUGGAAAUUGUUCCUCCAUCUGAAGACAGCAACAGUCAGGACAGUGGUGAAUUUACUCCUGACAACAGGCAUAUGUUUAACCAGAACAAUCACAACUUUGGGGGACCUCCCGAUAACUUUGCAAUGGGGCCAGUGAACCAGUUUGACUAUCAGCAUGGGGCUGCUUUUGGUCCACCUCAAGGUGGAUUUCACCCACCUUAUUGGCAGCCAGGACCACCAGGACCACCAGGUCCUCCAGCACCUCCUGCACCUACUCAAAAUCGAAGGGAAAGACCCUCGUUCAGAGAUCGACAGCGUUCACCUAUUGCGAUGCCUGUGAAGCAGGAGCCUCCCCAGAUUGAUGCUGUGAAGCGUAGAACUCUGCCUGCCUGGAUUCGUGAGGGCCUGGAAAAGAUGGAAAGAGAAAAACAGAAGAAAUUGGAAAAGGAGAGAAUGGAGCAGCAACGUUCACAGAUGUCUAAAAAAGAGAAAAAGGAAAGUGAGGAGGCUGAAGAAGGGGAUGGCCCACGGUUACCUCAGAGAAGUAAAUUUGACAGUGAUGAGGAAGAUGAAGAUGCUGAAAACACAGAAGCUGUAAGUGUUGGGAAAAUCAGCAGGAGUCCAUCCCCAGCUCCUCAAGAGGAGCAAAGUGAACCAGAAAUGACAGAAGAAGAAAAGGAGUAUCAAAUGAUGAUGCUGACAAAAAUGCUGCUGACAGAGAUUCUCUUGGAUGUCACAAAUGAAGAAAUCUAUUAUGUGGCCAAAGAUGUUCACCGUAAAGCAACUAAAGCUCCUGCAAAACAGCUGGCACAGUCCAGUGCACUGGCUUCCCUCACUGGACUCGGUGGACUGGGUGGUUAUGGAUCAGGAGACAGUGAAGAUGAGAGAAGUGACAGAGGCACUGAAUCAUCUGAUACUGAUGAUGAGGAAUUACGACACAGAAUAAGGCAAAAACAGGAGGCGUUUUGGAGAAAAGAGAGAGAACAGCAACUACUACUAGAAAAACAGCUAGAAGAAGAAAAGCUACAAAAUGAAAAAGUUUCAAAAGAGAUGAAUGAAUUUAUCAGCAAAGAACAAAAUAGUAACUUAGCAACACAGGAGGCAAAAGAAAUUGAAGCAGAUAUGGUUCAUGAAAAGAAGAGAUCUCCAAAUGCAAUUGCACCUGAUGUAGAACUCAAGAAAGAGGGUAAAGAGAGGACAGGAAGGAGUGGGUCAAGAAGCUCUAGCAGUGGUAGCAGCAGCAGCAAUAGCAGGAGCAGCAGCAGUAGCAGCACAGUAUCCAGUUCAUCGUAUAGCACUAGCUCAGGUAGCAGUCGCAGCACUUCACGCUCUUCCUCUCCCAAAAGGAAGAAGAGACACAGUCGCAGUAGGACGCCGUCACAUAAAGUUAGGCGCAGUAGAAGCAGGAGUUACUCCCAUAGAAACAGGAGAGAGAGGAGUAGGAGCAGGGAGAAAAUAAGGGAAAGGAGAAGAUCUAGUAGAAAUCACAGUGCUGAAAGAGGGGAGAGGCGGAGAAAUCGGAGUCCUUCGAGAGAGAGAAGCUGGGAUAGACGUAGAAGCGGCAGCCGCUCGAGAGACCGGCGAGCCAACCGUGCGAGCCGCAGCAGGAGCAGGGACAGACGUAAAGCUGAAGACCAGCGUAGAAGCCCUACUGGAAAUAGGCACAAACAUAAAAGUGAGGGUAAAGAUCAAGAAAGGAAGAAGGAGCAGGGUGGAGGUGUAGAUAAAGACAAAAAAAAGAACAGAGAAAGGGAGAGAGAUCAGGAAAAAAGAAAAGAUAAGCCAAAAAAAGAGGAAAAAGAAAGUAAGGCUGGCAAUCAUGACGACAGUAGAUUAAAGAGAAAAAGAGACAGCGAAAGAACUUUCUCUCGCAGUGAUUCAAUAUGUGUGAAAAUAAUAAGACAGGAUUCCAGACAAGAAAGCAAAAAAAUUACUACCAAAGAUAGCAAAAAACGAUCAGGCUCUGAAUCUAGUGCAAGGAGUAGUUCUGAAUCACCAGGAAGCAGUAAAGAAAAGAAGGCUAAGAAAUCGAAGCAUAUUCGGUCAUGCUCCAUGGAGAAAUCUCAAAGGUCUGGUAAGAAGGCAAGCCGCAAACACAAGUCUAAGUCACGAUCAAGAUCAACAACUCCUCUCCGUCGUAAACGCUGAGGAAUUUAUGGCACCAGUGCUAUGAUGUUUAAAAAUUCCAUGAGUUAUAAAAGGCUUGUCUCAUUAUAGAGGCACAUUGUGGCUAUGUAGGUGAAACCAGAAUCCUUUUUUUAUCUGUAAAUAGGUGUAUUUUUUCCAAAUGCUGCUCAGAAUUAAAUACCUAAUAGGAUUUCUUUGUAUUACAUUUUUUCAAGAACGGUAGUGCUUAUUAAGACUAUAAAACAGGCCAUUCUCUUUCAGCUGUAAUGUUCUUAAAAUUACUAUUGAAUGUACUGUGAUGUCAAUAAAGCUCUUUAGUUCAUUUUUUGUUUAAAAUUCUUGCACCUGAAUUUUGUGGUAAAUGGUAGAAAGUACUUAAAGAAAAAG